AUGGAGCCUAUCCGGAACGUCGCACUCUUGGGGAAAGGAUUGCUGGGAUCCGCAGUCUUGGAGCAGCUUGUGAAUACUGGCUUUCAAGUCACGGUGCUAAGUCGCACAGCUAGCUCAGCAGACGGACCCCCUUCUAGCGUCAGGACUGUGCAAGUAGAUUAUGCAUCUAUCGACAGUCUUAUAGCUGCACUCCAGGGUCAGGAUGCUGUGGUAUCUACCGUUGGAACUCCCGGUAUUAGCGCGCAGAAGACGGUCAUCGAUGCCAGCAUUCAGGCUGGCGUCCGACGCUUCAUCCCUUCCGAUUUUGGGGCGCUUACGACCAGACCUGGAGCAGAGUCCCUCCCGCUGAACGCUUUAUGGAUAGACAUCCAGAACUAUCUCAAAGAGAAAGCGCUUAGUGGGCAAAUUGAGUACACACUCUUUGCUGUUGGGCCUUUCUUGGAAUUUGUCAUGUCGAUGCCGUUUCUGAUCGACCUGCAAACCCAGACUACUGUCCCACUGUAUGACCAUGGUGUGCAUACUUUCAGCUCAACCAGUGUGUCAAGUGUCGGAAAAGCCAUCGCUGGUGCUCUGAAGAAUGCUGCAGCAACAAAAGACCGCAUGGUUAGCGUUCACGACAUUGUCCUAACUCAAAAUAAAGUUCUGAACCUGGCGAAGAAGUACUCGGGGCCUGAUGUCAAAUGGAUCGAGAGUCCAGUGGAUGCAGCAGCUGAGCUUGAGGCAAUUCUUGAAAAUACCAAGCAGGGUGACCUGGACCUCUUCAAAACACUUGCGCUGCUGAAAGCCGCACUUUUGGGUGGCAAGUACGAAGCCGAGUUCAAGAUUUUGGAUAAUGACCUUGUCGGGGUGCGCGUUCUUUCCGAUGAUGAAUUUGAAAAGAUUUUUGCCACGGCUUUUAAGCCAAGCCAGAUGUUUGCACUGGAGGAUCUCAAGUCGAAUGUUGAAGGGAUUCAAGGCGAGGCUGAGCAAUAA